AUGGGGAAAGAAGGAGAAAAAGCAACGGAAAAGAAGCAGCAAGGAGAUAAAGAAGACAGGAAAGAGGACGAAAAUAGAAGGAAAAUGAAGGGUAGGCCAACGAGAGCAGAAGAGCUGGGAAAACAGAGAAGGAGAACGGAUAGCCUAGGAACAAUCAAAGAAUUUCUGCAAAAAAGGAAAAGAGAGGAAAUAGAAGAAGAAACAGCAAAAGCAGAGAAAGAAAUAAUAGAAAAAUUCAACACACUAAGAAAAAUUGACAGAUCACCACCGAACAAGAAAGAAAGGGAAGAAAAAAAGAACAUGGCAACAGAGGAAAUGCUGAGAGAAAUACUAAGGAGAAUGGAAGAUUAA